CAAAGCCGACCCUAUCUAGCUCCCACCAAAACAAAAACUCAACCGGAGACCAUUGUCAAACACCAAAGUAGAAUGCCAAUGGCUGUGUCCUCUUCCACUUCUACAGUAUAUAUUGCCCAGAAAAGCUUUCCUAUACCAACUCCAAAAGAUGGUUUUGCGUUCUCAAACUCCAUGGCCAUCAGGUUUGCGCCAAAACCGCGCAGGUUUUGCAUUAGAAGCUCAAGUGAUGUAUCGGCUGCAGAGACUGCAUCUGCUACUGAGAAUGAUGAAAGUUCCAUCGAAGUUCCGAAAGAACCGCCUUCACUGAUUUCUGCCCUUAAUGUCGAACGAGCUCUUCGUGGCAUACCAAUUACAGAUGUGAAUCACUAUGGUAGGCUCGGACUUCAAAGAGGAUGCACCUCCGACCAGAUUUUAGCUGCAUAUAAAACCAAGCUUGACGAGCUAAAGAGCCAGGAAUUAGAGGAGGAGGAGCUAAACAAGAAAUUGGAACCUUUAAAAGAGUCCUACACAAUAUUAUCGUCCGCGGAUGAGAAAAGAUUAUAUGAUUGGAGCCUAGGCAGGAGUGCAAAGCCAGAUACCUAUCUUUGGCCUUUUGAGGUUGAGACAACGAGAGCAACGCCGGAUACCCCCCCACCAGUAAUGGAACCUGAAGACUUCGGGCCGACAAGAUUGGUGGGAUACAUCGGGUUGGGAUGGAUAAUAGUGUCCUUCAUAUUAUCCAUAGCCCUUAAUCGAGGAUAGAUUUGUUCUCCGUUGCAACUUGCAUAUUUUCUAUCUAGCUUCUUGAAACAGCCACUUGGUGAAAAUUGUAGUGCUGGGCUGCAUUGUAUUGGUGCAGCAACCAAAAUUAUCGCACCAGUUUGGUGUUUUAGAAGAAGAAUGACAUGUAUCUACCUGUAAAAUGGAAAAGUAAAAAGAAAAUCAAUUAGCAAGUAAAUUGUUUUAA